CAAAAAACCAACUGUAGAUCCCCAUACUCCAGAACAGGACCCCAUCACACCCCAACGUUAAAAAUAAACCCAACACAGUAUCGCAUGCGCAGUUUUCUCAUAGGCAUUUCAAAACACUUCUUCGCAUGUACCUCAGGGUGGGAGGAAGACACAUACCUAUUUAUGUUGGUACCAUCCCUUGGCAAAGACACAGCCAUUCAACCCAUAACCCUCGUAUCAUGACCCCUCGCUACAAGCCUCAACAAGGAAUUGUCGGCCCAUGAAGAGGCUCAGCACAUCUCAAACACAUCACUGUACCCAAUCUACAACGCAAAAGCCUAAGCUCUCAAGUGUCCCGACCAACAAGAAGGAUUCGCAGGUUGACAACCCCCACAAUCAGCCCCCAAAGCCCCGUACCAUGGGUAUGUCGUGCAGGUACGGAUAGGUCGAAGGCAGGCACAUGGAUAGCAUGGGUGUAUCCGGGUAGCUUUUUGCGUUUCAAGUAAGUGGGCUUUGUUGGUGUGAUGGGUCAGUGGUACGUACAAUACCUGGUUUCCACGCUGUCAAGGCGGAUAAGCGAGCGGGGAUACAACGUUUUUGUAUCCUGAAUGCCAUCCUGAUGCAACUGGGACACAUGGUAGUGGGCGCGUAGUCAAUCCCUCCUCCCCGUUUCCCGGGGGAGUUAUCGCCGAACGUUUGGUUUGAUUGUGUGUAUGGCCUUGACUUGGAGGAAGGAUGAGAUGGGGGAGGGGUGGCAUGGUAUAAAAUGGUUGUCACACCCUCGAAAAACUUCGUUAGUACUCAUCUCCAAGCCCACGUUUCCUAGUCUCUUCUCUCAUUUUACCGGAGGGGUAGAGUGUGUAUUCUCCUAAAUACCCAAAUGGAUACUUUCAGAAAACGAAAAUUCGAGUCCCUGACUCACACCAAGUAUCGCAAGGCACCACUACAGCAGCAGCAUUUCGUCAAACCACUUCAGCUCAUAUGUGACUUCAACGGUUGCAAAUCCACUUUCAAAUGCCAGUUUAAUCUCGUCCGACACCGUUCUUCCAUCCAUGGUUCGAAGCGAAAUUGUCCGCAAGAAGGAUGUCAGUACGCAACAGGAAGGAAGGAUAAACUCAAGGAACACAUCAGGAGGAUGCACGCAAACGAACGUGAGUCCACAGACACAUCAGGAGGAUGCACGCAAACGAACGUGAGUCCACAGACACAUCUUAGGAAAGAGAUAAGAUGAUCUGACAUGAAUUGAAGCUCAAGAAGUGCGGCAGUUACGACAACUUACUCCAGCAGUAGAGAUGAUCCAUCAUAUGUCAUCACCAAUACCCUCGCCCCAAACACCACAAAACAUGAUCAGCACCUCCUUCUUCGACGCACUGCAACAGAAAAACAUGAAUACCAGUUCCACCUACCAAGCAAGGAGCGGUUACGAAAUCUACCCACAAACCUCAACCUCAAGUCUAGACAUGUGUCUCAACGACCCCUACACCACCUUCUUCAGCACCAUGAUCUUCGACCGUCUCUGCAUCAAGACCACCAUUCCGAACCCCAGUGGUCACUCCACGGAAACAGAUUACCACUCACUCCCCUCCAGUCCCCUGGAUUUCAACGGGGUUGGGAGUUGGGAUCCUUCAAGCACUGGUCCUGAGAUCUACCCCGUGGAUGACAACGACGCAGAUGAUGAGAAAGAGUAUGAGGAGUGUGCAGAAAGCGAUGGGUAUUAUAGUGGCAACGAGAUGCAGUAUGAGUACUACGGAAAUGAUAAGGAGAUCUUUGCAGCGCAGGAGUAUGUGACGCUGCAAGAAAUCUCAUUUCGGUCUUGACACUGGAAGGGGCUUCGUCGUUGCUGGUCACAGCUUUACGGUCUCUACCAAAACGAGAACACUGGGGUUUUUACGCUCCUUCAGCCAGCGAGCGUUAAGAACAGCGUUGAAAGCUCCCAGAAACAACGCUGUUGGGAUAGACUGGAACUCCACUCUUUCUGGGAUAUAAUAUCGUUGCUAGGGGAGGAUGCAGCAAGGACCCCCGUAAGAAACAUCGAGAGGGGUAAUUGUAACCUUAAUUGGAAAAGACCCGUCCACUGAAGGGCCUCGAGUCUCAUGAGUGCAUUCGCGGGAGAAGAAACAGUCCUUACCUAGCCCUAGCUUUCAUCAACUGUGAAGGUUUCUUGGGUCCUGAGUACUCCAACAUAGAUGUAAGAGAGGCCGACAUUACUCUAAACACGC